AUGCCUCCACGUCUAUUUUUCCAGCCUUCAGUGAAGGCCCUGACCGGUUCCAUCUCCGGCCAGAGCCCGCUGGUGUCUUUGUCACACGCAACCAGGUCUACCGUGAGGGCAGCCUCCACCAAGUCCAAGCCUCAACAGAAAACCACAGACUUCUUCCGAGCCUCCCAGGCGCGUCAACGCAAGGCGGCCAACAUCUCCCGCCAAAAGGACAUCCAGGCUGAGCGGGAGGCCUCAAAAUCCAAGCCAUUCAGAAUGGCACCCAAACCCCCCUCAAGCUCCGACCUCAACUACUACCUCAAGUCCGAUGAAUUGAGUGGGGCGUUUCAAUUCUCCAAGGACUUGACCGAGCCGCUCCAGAACCCGGAUCGCGAUACCGCAGACCCUCAAGCCGAGAAGGAAAUCACCGAGUUGCAUCAGCAACAACACCACAAUGCAGAGGAGGCUAUUCAGCGCAUUGUGAACCUCAACAAUGGCAAUACCAAAGAUCGCCUCCGCCUCAUCGUCCAAAAAUGUAUUGAACAAUUUGGUCGACACAGCACCGAUACGGUUUUACCACCCAAGCCUGCCAGUGUGCAAGAAGAGUCCGCGACCAACCACCUUGAGAAAGUUCCUCGUGUUGGACCCGACACCGGCUCCCCCGAGGUUCAGGCAGCUAUCCUGACGGCCAAGAUUAUGAACCUCUCUCGACACCUGCAGUCCUCCAACAAGGAUAAACACAACCGCCGCAACCUUCAGAUCCUUGUCCACAAGCGACAGAAGCUUCUUCAGUAUAUCCGUAGGAAGGAGCGUGGUGGACCUAGAUGGCAAAACUUGAUGGGCACGUUGGGUCUUUCCGAGGCCGCAUGGAAGGGAGAGAUUUGCCUGUAG